GUCUUGUGGGAGUGUCAGUACAAAAGCAAAUUUUUAUAGUCGCCUUAACCUCAGAAAUCAUAACUGCAAAGAAAAGACUCUAACUUUAAUAUUUAGUGAUGCUAGCAUAAGUUGGAGAGCCUAUUUUUAGUCUUACCAGGGUUCCAAUCUUAGGAUCAUAGAUUUAGAGCUGGAAGGGACCACAGAGUUUAUCUAGUUCAAAUCCCUAAUUCUACAGAUGAGGAAACUGAUCCCCAGAGAGGUUAAGUGAUUUGCCCAAGAUCAUACAGCUCUGUCAAGUAAGCAAGUAUCCUCAUAUUUUUCUGUCCGGAUCAGAGAUUUCAUCUGUGAAAGGAGUUCCUGAAUGCAGGUUAGAACUUCAGAGAAAAUGUCCACUGAAUGGUCUUCUUGGACAAACCUCUCAACCAUUCAGAAAAUAGCACUGGGCCUUGGAAUUCCAGCCAGCCUGACCGUUGCUUAUAUCCUCUACCGAAGGUAUAGAGAAAGCAGAGUGACCUCCUUGGGAUAUAAGCCUAAUACUAGAGUCGCUGGGUCAAAGGAAGAACGUCUGACAUUCGUUGGGGAAGAUGAUAUUGAGGUAGAAAUGCGGGUACCCCAGGAGGCUGUGAAGCUGAUUAUUGGCCGACAAGGAGCCAAUAUUAAACAACUAAGGAAACAGACUGGUGCUCGAAUUGAUGUGGACACAGAAGAUGUAGGUGAAGAACGAGUGCUGCUCAUCAGUGGCUUUCCUGUCCAGGUUUGCAAAGCCAAAGCAGCAAUCCACCAGAUUCUGACGGAGAACACCCCAGUGUAUGAACAGCUUUCAGUACCUCAGAGAUCUGUGGGCAGAAUUAUAGGGAGGGGUGGGGAAACCAUUCGUGCCAUCUGCAAGAGUUCUGGGGCCAAAAUUACCUGUGACAAGGAAUCAGAAGGGACAUUGCUACUAACACGACUCAUAAAGAUUUCAGGAACACAGAAGGAAGUGGCAGCAGCCAAGCAUCUUAUUCUAGAAAAAGUGUCCGAAGAUGAAGAGCUUCGGAAGAGGAUUGCUCAUUCGGCAGAAUCCAGAGUACAGCGCAAACAGCCCAUCAGUGUCAAGAGAGAAGAAGUGGCAGGGCCUGGAGGAGCUGGGGAGCCAGCCUUUCCUAAGGACAUGAGCACUGGCAAGAAACUGGCCCCAUCACUGGCUGCCAAUCCUAGCCGAGGAGGAGGAGAUACAGCUGGUUUGAGACCAGAACGGGUGGAACAUUCCCAUGAAAAAAAGCUCAGUGACAACAGCCACCAGGAGGACAUGGGAGCCCAAGCCAAUCCAGAGAUGCCAAAAUUUGAAAUCCCCAGCCCUGACUUCAGUUUUCAUGCUGAUGAGUAUCUAGAAGUCUAUGUGUCUGCCUCCGAAAACCCCAACCAUUUUUGGAUCCAGAUUAUUGGCUCCCGCAGUUUACAACUGGACAAGCUGGUCAAUGAGAUGACCCAAUACUAUGAGAACAGUCAAUCACCUGAAGAUCUUACCGUACACGUGGGUGACAUUGUAGCAGCACCUUUACCUACAGAUGGACCCUGGUAUCGGGCCCGUGUCCUGGGUACCCUCGAGAAUGGGAAUCUGGAUCUCUACUUUGUUGACUUUGGAGAUAAUGGGGAGAGCCCACUCAAGGAUUUGAGAGCUAUCAGGAGUGACUUUCUAAGCCUCCCAUUCCAAGCAAUAGAAUGUAGUCUAGCAAGGAUUGUUCCCUCAGGUGAACAGUGGGAAGAGGAAGCACUAGAUGAAUUUGACCGUCUCACUCACUGCGCAGAGUGGAAGCCUCUGGUGGCCAAGAUCUCCAGCUAUGUGCAAACAGGAAUUUCUACUUGGCCAGAAAUACACCUUUAUGACACAAGCAAUGGACAGAAUCUUGACAUUGGGCUAGAACUAGUACGCCAAGGUUUUGCAGUUGAACUUCCCCAAGACGUGGGAGAAGGAGAUGCUGCUGUCCCUGAGAUGCUGCAGGAUAUAUUGGCCACAGAGACAGAUGCCUCUCUAGACAGCCUGUUGUCUGAGGCUAAGAAGAGUCCUGGAGAGACACCACACACUCUCUCAUGCCUCAGUUUAUCAGGAAGUUGGCAAGGUAUGGCAUGGGAGCCUGUGGCUGAACAGAAAAUCGAAUUCCACAGAAGAUACCCACAUUUCCUCCUUUGUGGGCUGCUUCCUGAUUGGCCUGCUGUGAACCAAAUACAGCUUCUUCUACUAGCAGAAUGAAGAACUUUUCAGAAAAAGACUAUAUAUGCGUGUAUGUGUGUAUGUGUCUAUCAGAAGCUGCCUGGCUUCCUUUAGCACUGCCCACAACUACUAGCAAUAAAAGUACCAUCCCACUAAUUCAGGAUAUUUGGUCGAAACUUGAGAUGGGAAAUAUUGGUUAGGUUUCUGUUAGUUGAGAAUAAGGAUCAUUCAUUCAGAAGUCUACUUCAUUUUAUGAGGUGACUUACUAGAAAAAUUUUUAAGUUGUGAAUUGAGGAAGUUCUGAGCCCCCAUGUGCUCUCACGGUUCUUUCCAACUGUGGAUGAAGAGGCAGAGUAUAAAGGCAACAGGGUUGAAAUCAAAUAGUCCAAGGAAAUAAGCAGGUAAUGCUCCCUUGCCAGCUUCAGGUGAUAUCACGCCAAUUAUUGAGGGCAAGAUUUUUGAGAGUUGUUUUCUUUUUUGAACCUAGGCUGUUUUGCAAGUAGAAAAACAAGAUCUCAGGAACAUGUUAUAAGAUGCAAUGCCUUAGGUAGGUGUAAUGCCUACUAUAUGUAUGCAUAUCCAUAUGUAUGUAAAAAUAGAGAACUCUGUAAGCCACUUAAGAGAAUCAUUAAAAUAAAGUUCUGGUUUUAAAAUGA